AUGGCAGAAGAAGGAAUGGAUGUCACAAAGGAAACAGCCCUUGUGGAGGUCUCUGCAGGAGGACAAGAUGUAGUAGAAUACGAGAAUGAAGGUGAAGGAGAAGAAGAUCAAGACCAUCACCAACACGAAAAAGCAGCUCCCAACCAGAGACAGACGAUAUUUGCCUGGGGUCUCAUGGAUGUCUGCUUGUAUGUGACGGUGAUCAAUCUGUUUGUGGAGUACGUUCCUCAAAUGACAAUCCAAGAUUAUUCCUUUACUAUUUCACUCUUCACAGCGGUGGUCCUCAAACUGGUCUUGGAAGGAGUCCAUUUUCUGCAACACACAUUCAAAAACUUGUUUUGUGGAACUCACAAACCGUGGUGGUCCAAACCCCUCGGGGCAUUUUUCAUUUGGCUCGUACUCUUUGGAUCCAAAUUUCUUAUCUUGUGGAUUGACGAAACAAUUUUCCACAAGUGGGUCGAUCUGGGAGGCGUCAAACUUAUCAUGUUACUCUCCAUUGUACUCAUGAUUGCCGAGAAAGUGCUCCGCAUAGGAUGGGCGCAAUUGGGACAACCCGAACGAUGGUUGACCUGGAGGGAAGUUUUGGAGGCUGCCAUGCAUUGA